AUGUUAGUUGAUCAGGGUUUCACGAUUGAAACUGGUCUAAAACGUACUGGUACAACGCAUACGAUCAAAAUAACCAAUCUACAGCGUCCACUUGUUCUUAAAUGUAAAAGUAAUACUAUAAAAGAACUAUGGUUAAAACAAUUGGAGUUACUACGUGAUAGAUGUUCGAUCGCCGGUUUGAGUAAUACUUUAGCACGAAAUCAAUUCGAUUCUUUUGUGCCGACGAGAACCGGUCAGUUAGGAUAUUGGUUUGUGAAUGCUAAAGGUUAUAUGGAAUCAGUAGCUAAAGCCAUCUCGAAUGCAAAAGAGGAAAUAUUUAUCACGGACUGGUGGUUAUCUCCAGAACUGAUGCUCGUGAGACCAUCGGAUAAUCCAUUGCAUCGAUUAGAUAAUCUGCUUGGAAAAAAAGCAGACGAAGGUGUACGAAUAUUUGUAAUGGUUUAUCGUGAAAUGAAGCUAGCCAUGGGUUUAAAUAGUUUACAUACCGAAAGAGUGUUGAAAUCAAAAAAUAAACAGAAUAUUAAGAUAAUUCGUCAUCCUCGUCAUGUUCUUACCAAAGGUAUAGAGUUACUGUGGUCGCAUCAUGAAAAGUGCGUGAUUAUCGAUCAGAAAAUUGCGUUUGUUGGAGGAAUUGAUCUUUGCUUUGGAAGAUGGGACGAUGACAUCAUGCGACUAGUCGAUUUGGGUGAAGACAAUAUACGAACUUUAAAAUCCGCUGAGGAAAUCAAGGCAGAAUCUGAGAAAAAAGAAACGGUGGAAGCAGCAAAAAAAAUCGUUACAAAAAUGGCUGAGGAUGCUGGAGCACAACAAACAGUUAGUUCAAAUGAAAUGCAAACAAAUACGGGUGCAAAAAACAAGUUUGAAUAUGAACAUCCGCUAGAUAGAAAAAAUGCAAUAAAGAAACGUGAACAAGACGACCAGAAGGAACAGCUUCAAGAACAACUGCCACUUCUAAAAAAAUCAACUGCUGAUCAAUAUGAUACUAUUUCUUCAAAAUGCUUUUUAAAUUUAUCAUCACAAUAUAAAUAA